AUGGACCCCAAUGCUGGUUAUCCCGCAGGCUAUCCCGUCCCGGCUCAAAGCCCCUCAAACCAACAGAUGCCUUUUUACCCUAACGCUAUUCCCCCGUAUCCCCAGACAAAGGCGCCCUCGACUCAACACUUUGGUGCUAUGCCUAUGCAGCCGGGUCCUGGUGGAGCAAUGAUGCCUUCAGGUUUCCCCCAACAAUCCUCUGCAGCUAUGGAUAAUUUCUCAACACCCUUCACCCAGGCUUCCAUUCCCACACCCAUGGGUCAAUUUGUCCCCCCUCAAGGCACAUCCGGCGCAAAUGUACCGUCACAAGUAGCGCAGACCUUCUCUCAAAACAUGGCUUCUAUUUCAGCGAGCAACCUUCUUGGCACACAACCCAAACCCCCUUCGCAAAUUAACUCUCCUCAAAACGCCGCUCAUAGUGGGGCUCCGAAUCAGGCCCAAGCCCAAGCCCAGGCUCAGGCUCAGGCUCAGGCUCAGUUUGCAGUGCGUGAAAAGGCCCGUGUCACGACGCUCCUCGAUAUCAACUCGGCUCUGUUGCAAGAAGUGGUGAACCUCCAAGCUGCUGGCAAGGCGGGGCCUGCCUCCAACCCCGAUACGAAUUCACCAGCGUCAGAACAAGCGGAUCCAUCUAAGGCGAACCAGAAACCGAGCCCCGAAUACAUUGAGUGUAUGCGACGCUUGCAAGCCAACCUAGCAUACCUCGCUACUAUCGCUGAUCGAGCAAAGAAGGCGAGUGGUGUCGUUCCCCAGACCCCAGCGAUCAUGACUCCGCCCCCCAACCUUCCUACUGUGAAUGAACUCUAUGCUAGGCUCAAUGAGCUUUUUUCGCGGUCCGCAAAGUCCUCUACCCCACAACGAUUGAGCCCUCAGACCAUGCAAGGAAAUGGUGGGCCUAGCCCGGGCGCAAUGGUUGAGACAAACAUUUGA